AUGGCCGGCCACCAACGCGCUCCUUCGGCCUCGUUCAAGAGCAAGCCGCGCCUCUCGCCCGUUCCGCUGCGGGACAUUGUCAUUCUGCGGCUGCUCAAUGCCCUGUACCUGGCCACCUUUUUCCAGCCCGAUGAGUUUUUCCAGGCGCUGGAGCCGGCUUGGCGCCUGGCCUUUGGACCCGGAAGCGGCGCGUGGCUCACAUGGGAAUGGCACCACCAGCUGAGGUCGUCUCUCCAUCCUCUCCUCUUCUCUGGCGCCUACAUGGCCGCAGAUCGUCUAUCCGCCGUCUUUCCCCCAGGAAAUGCUAUUCGCUCUGCUGCAGUCAUUGUUUCUCCUCGCAUCUUGCAGGCCAUUAUUGCUGCUCUGGGAGACUGGUACACCUGGCAUCUUGCCUCCAACGUGUAUGGCUCUGAUAGCAACGCCUCCUUCUUUGCUCUCUUCAUGCAACUUCUGAAUCCCUGGCAAUGGUACUGCUCCACGAGGACUUUUUCCAAUUCUCUAGAGACAACUCUCACGGUCAUGGCCCUCUGCUACUGGCCCUGGCAACUCGUCGGUGUUGCCCCCUAUUCCAUCAAGGAAAACUCCAAGCCCUUCAAUGUCUUGCGCGGCAAACUAUGGCGCCUCCGUGCUUCGCUGUGUCUCGCCGCCUUGGCUGUCGUUUUACGCCCUACCAAUAUCCUCAUUUGGCUCACCAUCGUCUUCAUCGCUCUAACGAGAAUCACGCUUCAAGGGAACUCGCCCUUGAGCUUCGGUACCGUCUUGGUUCUAUUCAGAGAAGCAAUCCUAUGCGGGUCUCUGGUGGUGGGCUUGUCUGUCCUCGCUGACCGGUUCUACUUUGGAGAAUGGGCCUUUCCGCCUUACAACUGGCUCACCUUCAACAUCUCCAAAUCGCUUGCCGUCUUUUACGGCCGCAACCCCUGGCACUACUAUCUCCUCCAGGGCAUACCUCUGCUGUGCACCACAAGCGUCCCUUUUGUUGUGCCAGCACUGUUCAAGCCUUCGUCCAAGACGGCAGAUCAGGCCAACAUACUUCGGACGCUCUCCUACGCUGUUCUCAGCACCGUCGUUGCCCUUUCCCUCAUCUCCCACAAAGAAGUUCGCUUCAUCUAUCCUCUCCUCCCAGUUCUCAGCGUCCUUGCCGCUCCUCGAGCCGCGUCCUUCUUCACUUCGGUCACGCGAACAAGUCCGCCUCCCUCCAUCUCAUCCGCGGCUCAAAUCUCUGCCUCUCAGCCCUCCGGGACAAAGUCACCGGCUGCUCGCCGCGCUCGCCUCCGCAACAAGCCUCUUCUCUUUACCGCCUUGGGAGUCAACAUUGUCCUCGCCGGCUAUCUCUCUUUCCUGCACCAGCCCGCACCUCUUGGCGUCCUCUCAUUCCUCCGACAAGAAUAUGAACGCAUCCAUCCGUCUGCCGUUCAUCACGCCCAUCUAACCCACUACUCCAAUGUCACGACAUCCACCAACGAUGACUCUAAUAAAGAAGACCUCUUCGCUCUCUUCCUGAUGCCGUGCCACUCCACCCCCUGGCGCUCCCAUCUCGUCUAUCCAGGACUGUCGGCCUAUGCGCUCACCUGCGAACCCCCCCUGCAUACCCAACCAAACACCCCCGAGCGCGAGUUGUACCGCGACGAAGCAGAUCGCUUCUACGACAACCCCAUCCCAUUUCUACGCCAAGAACUCUUCGCCCCUGGAAACCCCGUCGUGCCUGUUCCCCGAUACAUUGUCGGGUUCGAAGGCAUAGAGCCUUGGCUGGGCGAGUUUUUGAACACUCCCGAGGGCAAGCGACUGGGCAUAUCGCAGCUCACUCGCGUGUGGGCGGGCUUCAAUGGAUUUUUCAACGAAGACUGGCGAAGAGAGGGUUACAUGAUUGUUUGGGAUACGGGGUUGUACGAGGGAUCCGUCACAAGGGCCUAA